UGGCGGCGGUCCGGAGCGUGUUUGUUCGUGUGUGUGGUGAUUUCCCGUGUGCUCAGGUGGCGGCGCAGCGUCAGAGAGCUCUCGCCAUUAUGUGUCGAGUGUACGCGGGCUCCAUCUACUACGAGCUGGGCGAGGACACCAUCCGACAGGCCUUCGCUCCCUUCGGACCAAUCAAAAGCAUCGACAUGUCCUGGGACUCCGUCACCAUGAAACACAAGGGUUUCGCCUUCGUCGAGUACGAGAUGCCCGAGGCAGCUCAGCUGGCGCUCGAACAGAUGAACUCUGUCGUCCUCGGAGGCCGAAACAUCAAGGUUGGGAGGCCCAGUAAUAUCGGCCAGGCUCAGCCAAUCAUCGACCAGCUAGCAGAGGAGGCGCGCGCCUUCAACAGGAUCUGCGUGGCGUCCAUUCACCCCGACCUCGCCGACGACGACAUCGAGAGCGUCUUCGAGGCCUUCGGGAGGAUCAAGUCCUGCAUGUUGGCCCGCGAACCGACCACGGGACGCCACAAAGGCUACGGCUUCAUUGAGUAUGAAGGACCUCAGUCUGCUCAGGACGCCGUUGCCUCCAUGAACCUGUUUGACCUCGAGGGUCAGUACCUGCGGGUGGGGAAGGCUGUGACUCCGCCCAUACCCCUCCUCACGCCCACGACUCCUGGUGGGCUCCCUGCUGCCGCCGCCGCCGCCGCCAAGGUAACCGCCCAGGAGUCGGUGGGAGUAUCCGUCCUUGGCGCUCUGGCUGGACUCCCUCAGGCCGUCACGGCCGCUCAGGCUCCGUGUGUCAUCACUGGUAGGAACACUUGCUGCCCCACCCACACACAUAUAAGCCCCGCCCCCACACGGAGAGACGUGGGUUUGGUGAACCCGGUGCUGGCCACGCCCCCGGCUGCAUCCUUUAUCUCUGAGGGGACGAGGAAAGAGGAGGCGCAGGAGGCGCAGAGCGACAGCACCACGGAGCCGCUGAGCAAGCAGCUGAGCAUCAGUGGGAACAGUGCCCGACACAUGGUGAUGAGGAGGCUGCUCCGCAAGCAGGAGGUACGGGUUCAAUCCCCGGAGCCCAGGGGCCCAGGGGCCCAGGGGGCAAGGCAGGAGGAGGCUUCAACUCCUUCUCCCCCCUGUAGUGUG